GAAAGAUUCCUCCUGUGGGCUUGCAUCAUGGAGGCUGCAAGUCAAUCCAGCAGUCAACAGAUUCUUUGGAAAGAUGUCGAGGCAGGAAAAGAGAAGAAGGCUAAGUUCUACACCUACCAGCGUCUGGCUCUGGUUCUGGCACUAGUCCUUGUUGUUAUGGGUCUUUGUGUUUUCAGCCUGAGAUUCCUGUGGAGCCCCAGUCAGGGGAAGCUGUACGAUCAUCAGUACAAAGCCGUGCUGGAUGGUGUGGAGACAGACAGCAUGAUGGAGAUUGACCCAGGUCAGCACAUUGAGAUCUUCAGAAUGGGAAACGGGAGUGAGGAGGUUCUGGAGGUGCACGACUUCAAAAAUGGAAUCACUGGGAUCCGGUUUGCUGAACAUCAGAGGUGCUACAUCAGGACCCAAACCAGGAAGCUGCCCGUAGUGGCAGAGGCGGAGGCUGAGCACACAGAGUUAGUGGUAGAUGAGACCAAGGCUAUGGAUACAAAGAUGGACAACUCCGAAGUGUGGGUUCCUGCUGAGGAGCCCAUCGUUAACCCAGCCUUCCUCUUUGACUCUAAGAUCUGGGAGAUUUGCCAGGAGCUUCCCAUCCAUUGGAUCCAUCCCUCGCCCCUCAGCGAUGCUGAGGAGGAAAACGUAGACGCGCCCGACGUGGAGGUCACAGGUCAGCGUUUCGCCCGAGACGUCCUGGACCACCCUGCAGUGAACGACUAUAGAGACGUCGGAAUCGAGCUGGACAACCGUCUGGAUGACCAGGGCUACUGCUGCCAGCACUGUCGCCGUGGUUACCGCUUCUGCCGCCGCUACCACGAGCCCCUGGGCGGCUUCAACCCAUGGCCGUACUACUACCAAGGAGGCCGGGUCAUCUGUCAGAUUGUUAUGCCGUGCAACUGGUGGAUCGCCCGCAUGCUGGGGAGGAUCUGAGAGUGCCACUCCUUUCUGAGGUUUUAAAGUGUUUACGUGGUACUAGGUGUAGAUCCUCUUUUUGAUAAACACUUCAGACCACAAAGCGAAGCAGUCCAUUGAACACAGUCAUUAUCCAAUCUGAAGGUUGGCCCAUUGAGUUUUAGUCAUUCUAAAUAGUCUCAAAGGCUUUUGAAGUGUUAUUGGAUUCUUUUUUAAAAGGCAUUGGUUGUAAGCAGCUGUCUAAUUUUCUUUGGUAAUCUACCCACUUAGUAAACCCUGCUAUUUGAUUAUGUUGAAUGGGUGCAACUUAGUUUAAGGUGCCACCAGAAACUAAUCUAGGCCUUAAAAUUUCUCAGCCCUGUUUGUCCUUACUUUGUGAAGCAUUCAUAUACUUUGUUUCAUGAGUAUAAGAAACGUGUUCUACUAAUAAAGUUAUGCAUGAAAAUGUACAUAGAGUAUACACCUUUACAUGUCAAUCUGAAUGGUGGAUACAAAUAUCUCCAUACUCACCAAAAGUUAUUGAAUUUGUCAAUAAAUGACACAAUUUACCAACUAGUUAUAGUAGUGUAGAAUCUCCUGUAUGAACACAAAAAUCAUGUUUAAACCACAAGAAAACUCUUUAAAGAGUCCAAAAAACAUUUACAACGUAUGCAAUAUACAGAAAUAAAGAUUAAAAAAAGAGUACAUUUUUAUAUAAUUACAGGCCAGUUCAGAAUAAGCAGAAGCUCUUGAAGACCAAGGCUUUGGAUUUCUGUGACUGGCUCGUUGUAGCACAACAAUGCUUUCAUCUGUUUUUACUAUCAUGUUACACUAAGGAGGUACAGUUUAAUUAAAGAUGCACAGACCUCUUUGUGGUGUACUUUCUGUUAUGUUAUCCUCCAUUGUUGUCUCUGUUGUUGCAAUCCACAAAAUGCUUCUGUUCAAACAUUUUCCUUUCUUUGCCGAGGCGAUUUUAAUCUGUCACACCAACAUCUCAAUCUGUAGAGCUAAAAUAACUCGUCAGAUAACAACUUUGUCAUCGGAAUAACAAGGUGCAUUUAUGCCUGAGGGUAUUCGAGUUAUGUGAAACAGCAAAAACUAACACUUGUGCUUGUCAUAGCUUUCUGAGAAGACUUCUGUAUGUUUCAUUAUUUUUUUCCAAUUAAAAUUUCAUUGUGUGAAUAAU